AUGACGCUUGCUAUCGAGACUUCUUGCGAUGAUACCUCUGUAGCCGUAGUCAAGAAAGGGUGCAAGAAUGACCGCACGACUGCACAAAUACUCUUCCACAAAAAAGUGACAUCAAACAACUCUGAAUACCAGGGUGUACAUCCAAUAGUGUCGCUCCAGUCUCAUCAGGAGAGCCUUGCAACACUUGUCGGUGAAGCAAUCCGUUGCCUGCCAAUGCAGGAUGGAGAGCUUCCCUCCGAGGACGACAGAACUGGGCCGAUUCCAGUAGACAUCACCACGAGGACACUACCCGACUUUGUUUCCGUCACUCGUGGGCCGGGCAUGCGCAGUAAUCUGUUCACUGGUCUUGACACCGCCAAGGGACUCGCUGUAGCAUGGCAGAAACCACUGGUCGGAGUUCAUCACAUGCAAGCACAUGCACUCACCUCACGGCUCGUGAGCGCCCUUGAUGCUUACAAAGAGCUGAAUGAGCCCGAAGCUGAAUGCUUGCCAAACGGAACAAUUGGUCGGAACCCCACCCAGGCCCAUGUUUCUCCCGACUUUCCCUUUUUGUCUGUUCUUGCUUCUGGCGGUCAUACCUUGCUCAUACACUCAGCCUCUUUGACAGAUCAUCGUGUACUGGGGAGUACAAAUGAUAUCGCCAUUGGAGAAUGUCUGGACAAGAUUGCACGUGUUGUACUACCUCCAGAAGUACUACAGGCAACGAAGAGCACUAUGUACGGAGCACUUCUCGAAGAUUUUGCAUUCCCAGUUUCGUUACGAGAAGAGCCUGCAUCUCAUGAUACACCUACUCUGUCCUCGGAUCUCCCCGUUUGUUCAGCUGAUAAGUACAAGAACACUUUCCAACAUCAGUACAGCUGGUACGAAGUCCCAUUAAAUAAUGAGGAUUCAAUGAUCAGAAAUGUAACCGCAUGGGGCUGGGCACUUAACCGACCUUUAACCAAAUCGGGUGGGGGGAUCAAGAUCAACAGCCUGGAGAUGAGCUUUUCUGGCAUCACUACUAUGAUCGAACGCAUCGUUCGGUACGGUAUGGACCCGAUAACGCGAAAGCUGAACAAGAAGGAGCGAGCAGCUACCGAAGUAAGCUUAGAAGAACGGAGAGAUCUGGCGCGUGAAACAAUGCGUGCCGCUUUCGAACAUGUUGCUUCCCGUGUCGUUCUGGGCCUGCAAUCUCAACAGGAACUUCUGGAGGCUAAUCCCGCAGUUGUCAUGGCUGGCGGUGUCGCCGCGAACUCCUUCUUUCGUCACAUGUAA